CACAGUCUUCUCGCCGACAUCCUUUAGUUUGAGCUCAGCCGCCGUGGGGUCCGCACUCACAGAAGGGGGAUCUUGACGUUUCCAGACCUACUAAGGAAGCAGGAGAUCCGCUCGGAUUUUUUUCACCUCUUCUUUUUUGGGGGCCACAUCUUACCCAUCCCAGAGCUGGAAUUUUAAACCUCCACAAAAAAAACACUCCUCUAGGUUUUUACUUUUUACGAUUUUUCUUUUUUUUUUUGUUCACAUCACUUAACGGGGAAGAGAAAUGGGAGCUCAGUUGUCCAAGGGUGGAGUAGCUGCCGAGGGGAAAGCCGCCGCCGCCGCCGACCCAGCUGCUGCCAAAGCCAACGGCCAGGAGAACGGCCACGUCAAAACCAACGGCGAUGUGUCAGCCAAGCCCGACGGGGAAGUGGCUGCUGCGGACGGGAACGGAACCGCUGAACCGGCCAAGGAGGGCGAGGCCGGCACCGGGGACGCCAUUGAGCCCGCUCCUGCAGCCGAGGGCGAGGCCGUCAAGGUGGAGGGCGAGGCCGCCAAGGAUGGCAAGAAGAAGAAGAAGUUCUCCCUGAAGAACUCGUUCAAGUUCAAGGGUAUCUCCCUGAAAAAGAGCAAGAAGGGCAGCGAGGAGGGCAAAGAGGAGGUCACCUCCCCAACGACCGAGGACAACAAGCCCGAGGAGAACGGCCACGCGUCCAAUGAAGCCAAAGAGGAGACGCCGGCCACCGAGGCCAAAGAGGGCGAGGCUGUCGCCGAAGCCGCUCCUGCACCCGAAGGAGAGGCCAAAGCAGCGGAGGAGGCCCCACCCACAGAGGCUGCCCCCGCCGAGGAGGCCGCAGCCGCCGCCCCCGCCGAGGACACGACACCCGCAGCAUCCGAGGGCGAGGCCAACGCAGAGUGACAGCCCCCCCCCCACCAACGGCACCUGAACUGAUUUUCCAAGAUUAAAGUAUAUAAAUAUAUAUAUGAGAGACUUGUGCCACGUUCUUAAAGUUCUAAACAAAACUACAAAAGAAGACAAAGGAUAUAUCACGUUUGCUGAUUCAACCACCAGUUCACUGCCUUUUAUUAGUUCUUCGACAGACGGAAUCUCACCGGGCCCUCUCAUGAUGAAAGUGUCGGCUUGUGUCACCCCCCUCAUGGUGCACAGAGACUGGCGUGCGGCGAAGGUAAUGGAUUGGAUGUGGAGCGAAUCAGGAAUACUGACUUAUUUUCCCAAUUCAUGGAGAAGCAUCCUUUUUUUUUUCAACAGCGUGGCAGCCCUAUAGCAUUUUAUUUUUCUUUCUCAUCUUUUUUGGGAUCUAAAAGUUGUCACCGUUGCGGAGCAGUGCGGUGCAGACCAUCUCCUUCACUUUCGAAAUGACUGUUAUAUGGACACAAACCUUUUCAAAUGAUCUUAUUAAUUUUUAGAAUUCUACAUUCCUAUGUUUUACCCCCAAAUUCCAAGUAUUUUAUCAUGUAUAGAAAAGUGAAAAUCGAGGAGGGGAGGUGGAAAAAGAGCUACGUCUUUCUUUGUGCAUUUUGAUUCUUUUUUUCUGGCUAAAAACCACAUUCAAGCUUCUUGAGUACUGCAGUGUUCACAUUUCAGAGUUUAUGACGCAGGGGUUGGGAUUGUGUAUAAAAUGUGAGCUUUUUAUCUGCAAACUGUCUCUGUAAAUAUGUUUUGGCCAAUACUUUUGGUUCUCUUUUAUUUUGCUAUUGUUUGAAGAUGUUAAUGGUUUUAUUGUAACUUUUAAUAAGGGUAAAUAAAUGUUUGAUCCCCUC